CUGUAUCUAUGUUCUGUGAAGAGUUCUGAUUCAAACAGUGCUUCGUCAUGUACAAGUUCUACACCAGGUUCACCAUUUGUCACCGGUACAUCAUCAAUUAGUACAACAUUAGCUGCAUCAUGUUGUACUCGUUUAGACAGUGGUUAUGUUGGUGUUGGUAGUAAUAGUAUUAGUGUUAGUUGUAGUACUACCGGUCAAAUGAUUUCAUUAUCUUCUCCUCCAUUACGAAAUUUAAGCAACAGUGGUGGUUUUAGUAUACAUUCUUACGGAACUGUUAAUGCUGGAAUUGUAACUAAUACACAACAACAACAACAGCCUCAUUCUCCUCGACAUUCCGGCCAAUGUUUUAAUCACUUUGAAUUUCCAAGUGUCAGUCAUCCAAUCAUAGAUAAUCAAUUAGUAGACGGGAAUUUCAAUAAUAAUGUGAAUAAUAAUAGUCCUUUAAUUAGUACUGUGUCUUCUGGAGAAAGUGAACGAACUGUUGUUGAUAAUGCAGUACACCGGUUUGAAUCAAUGGAUAGUCAAGAUGAAUCAUCUUUAAUGAGAACUAAUAGUAUAUCAGUUACACUAAAAGAAUGGGAUAUACCAAUGGAAAAUCUAUUUAUUGGUGAAAUAAUUGGACGUGGUAAAUUUGGUACAGUAUAUCGUGGUAAAUGGCACGGUGAAGUAGCUAUUAAACGUAUAGAUUUCGAUCCAGAAGAUGUAGAUGAUUCAAUACGUGUUGAAGCGUUUAAACGUGAAGUUGCAUUACUACAUAAAACACGUCAUGAAAACUUAGUACUAUUUAUGGGUGCUUGUAUGAAAGCACCUGAUUUAGCUAUUGUUACACAACUUAGUCGAGAAAGUGUUUUAUUUCUGUGUUUAAUAGUAAUAAAGAGUGAUACAUCCAGACUGAUAAAUCACAUUAUGCCAGGCACUUUUCUUCCUCCAUUUGAGAUGCUACAUAACAAUGAAUCAAUUGCUGUGAAAUGGUAUUUUCGGACACAUGUUAAUGAUACAUAUAUAACAAGCAAGGUCACUAAUCUGAUACAUCGGAAUGGGAAGAUAUCUAUCUAUUAUGAGAACAUUCCUACGGAAAUCGAGGAUAGGCAGCUGUACACAAAGAUUCAACAUCUAGAUGCUUGUUCAGAUACUCUUGAAAGUAACAAUUUUUGCUAG